AUGCAGUUGCACGUGACCACCCUUCAAUGCAUGGGAUCGGCUCUGGCUUACAAAGGUUGUCUAGUUAAGGAAGUAUCACAUAGUCCUCGUCGGCUCGAUAUUUGCAUAGCAUUCAACAGCGCCCUAGGUUCCUCUCUCCCAUCAGGGGCGUCCUCAGAGAUCGUCUCUGCAUUCGACUUGGACAAAGAUCACGUCCCACUUGUCCUCCUCAACUCAGUCUACCUUGCUGGGUUUGCAGUAGGCCCAUUAGUUUUUGGGCCGCUGAGCGAGUAUCUGGGCCGACAACCCGUGCUCAUCGGGACGUAUAUUGGUUACACCAUCUUCACGACGGCAUGUGCGCUGGCGCCUACAUAUGCUUCUCUACCUGCUUUUAGGUCUUUGUGCGGAAUACACGCCGCUGCUCCUAAAGCGGUGCUUGGUGGGUUGUAUUCAGAUAUAUACGACGAACACGGGGAACGGGGAACAGCUAUGGGUUUCUUCAUGCUCAUGAGAACAUUAGGGCCGCAGCUCAGCCCCAUUAUAUCGGGCUACGCGGCGCUGUUGUCAUGGCGGCGGGUAUUUCGGGUCGCGUUGGUGAUAGCUGGAGUGUCCAUGGCUCGGAUCUUUGGACGUCCCUUCGCCAUUGUUGUCCAGGAGCCGAUUCUGCUCUUCACCUCGCUGUAUCUUGCUCUAGUAUAUGACGUCUUAUAUUUAUUUUUCCAGGCUUACCCGAUCGUUUUCCAAGGUGACUCCUACCACAACAAAGCGUUGGCAGCAGGACAAACUUGGGCAACGGUUGAGGAAUUCCGCCGACUCCCACUCGCCUGUCUUGGUGGCCCCGCAAUGGUUGUCUCGCUCUUCUGGCUUGGCUGGGCCUCCCUUUCAGUCGUGAACCCAAUUGUCCCCAUGGUGGCCGGUUUUUUCUUCGCAACUGGCUUCCUCUUCUUCAUCGCAAUGCUCAACUAUCUCACCGACGCGUACCAGCAGAACUCAGCUUCGGCGCAGGCAGCAGCUAGUACCAUUCGCUCAAUUACAGCCUGUUCUUUGCCGCUGGCUACGAAGAGCAUGUACGGAAAUUUAGGGAUCCAUUGGGCGAAUUUCGCUGUUGGGAUUUGUUGCCUUGGCGAUGGCGGUGAUUCCGUUCAUUUUCGUCAGAUAUGGAGAAUCGUUAAGGCGGAAGAGUAA